CCACCUGAGCAGAAAUCACCAACGUCUACAAGUACAGCGACCGUUACGCUUUGGGGAGCAGUAGUUGGGGUUGCGCAUCUGUCCUUCUCGAGUCCGCCUUAAUACCGCCGGCGAGCCGCGACCAUGGCGGUAGGGCUCUCGAACAACGCCCGCCACGCUGCUGACGAAGAAGCCCGUGCCGAAGUCGACGUGCUCAACUCCCGUCUCGAGAAGACGACCCAAUUGACCAAGAAAAUCCAAGUAUGCCUUGGGAGACUGGAGGCUACGGGCAAGAGUGUGCGCGAUGUCUCCGGCCCGCUCACCGGCGAAACCCAGAAGCUGCAGACGCUAGGGAAUAACAUCGACGCGGUCAUCGCUGCGAUCGAGCGCCUCCGUCAACCCGCCGACUCCAAGAAUGACGAGGAAGCCAUUAUCCGCCAGGGCCCCGAGAAGGCUGGCCUCUCCAAUUACCUCAACUCCAUAAAGCGAUUAAACAAGGCAUUAGAGAACAUGAAGACCUCGAAUCUGCGCGCCAACCAGCAGACUAUGGCUGAUCUCCAACGUCUCAUCAAGUCAGGAAAUACUCAACUGGAAAACUCGUUCGAUAAGAUGCUCCGGGCCGAGACGCCGCGUUCGAUCGAGCCGCUUCACUACAUCACUAAAAACACGCCUUUUCCUCUAUUAACGCAAGACCAAAUCUCGCGCCUGAGUUUGAUGAAUGCCUACGCAUCUGGCAAUUCCUCGUCCGAAAAUCCGCUGCUCAAGAUGUACGCCGAUGUGAGAGGCCAAUAUCUGUCCCAGACGUUGGUAAAUCUCGCGUAUGCCAGCGUAAACACGGCCAAGAAGAAGAGUCCCGAUGCCAUCUACCGGGCUGGGACGAAUGGGAUCGGCAUGUAUGCGCAAGCGAUGGAGGGGUUGUUCGGGGCCGAAUACGACAACAUCUGCAACAUAUUCAUGCGCCAGGACUGGGGACCGGCUUUCCAGAUGACCUGUCAAGCCCCGCUGGCAGAAUUGGCUCGGACGCUUCGAGAACUCAACAAUCACAUCAAGGCUCACCUGAGCACCGACUGCUACCUCGCAUACGAGGUCACCGAGAUCAUGUCCAAUCUGUCCAACAAUAUCGAGCAGCGCACUGGGGAGCUCAAGACUACCUUGGCUUCGGCACUGAAGCCUGUGCGCGAGACAGGCAAGCUCUCGCUUGCCGAGCUGCUAGAGGACACGAAGCGCAAGGUCGGGGGCCUACAAGCUCUCCCGCCAGAUGGUUCGCCGGUGCCCAUCAUCUCCGAGACGAUACAACGCUUGCAGACUAUGGUCGACUUCCUCCGUCCCAUCUCCAGCAUUAUGAUAUCGCUGGGUGAUGGCGGUUGGAGGUCUGCCACCGCUGCCAACACGAAUCUGGACGGCAUUCCGAGCUUGGCAUCGUUCGAUAUUGGCGCAGACGGCAAGGAGAUUUUCGCGCACUAUUGUACUGACACGAUCGAUGCGUUAAUGUCGGCGCUCGAGCAGAAGGCGAGGACGUUACUCAAGGGUAAGUCCUUGCUGGGUGUCUUCCUGGCAAAUAGCGUUGUCAUUAUCGAACGUAUGAUCCGCGAGUCCGACCUUAAACCGCUGCUCGAAGGCAGGCUUGGCGGCUUAGAGAGUUGGCGGAAGAAGGCGAAAGCUUUCUACACAGAAGCUUGCAAAGACGUCUCGAUGCACCUGUUUGAUGUCAUCCACACGAACCGAACCCAGCGGCCACCCUCUGGCUCGUCGGAAUCCGCCUCGAUUCUGAAGGGGCUCAGCAGCAAAGAUAAAGACAGCAUCAAGGCCAAGUUCCAGGUCUUCAACAUGAGUUUCGACGAAUUGGUAUCCAAGCACAAGACUUACAGCAUGGAGCGAGAAGUAAGGCAGAUGUUCGCUAGGGACAUGCAGCAGAUGCUCGAGCCUCUCUACAACCGCUUCUGGGAUCGGUAUCACGAAAUUGAUAAAGGCAAGGGCAAGUACGUCAAGUACGACAAGUCCUCAAUCGCUGCCGUUUUCCUGAGUCUUUACUGAUCAGGAGAUGGGGUAUCUGCCGAGGCCUGGAUGGUCAUGAGAACACCGGGCAUCGUCUCAGCGUCGUGAAAUGCGGUCUGGCAGAU